GCCUGCAUAAAUCUCUUCCCUCGGAGUCCCACCGGUCGCACGUAUCAUGAAGCCACGAGACUCCCAUAAACGCGUGAGGAUGAAGCUCGUUUCGAAGAUAUCAUAGAGAGAGAGGAUGUGCGAGCUGCGUCAGGAUUCGCGUUCACACUUCCCCAUCGUGACCUCGCCAUAAUUUUUGAUCGGCCUCUAUGCUAACGGACGCCCUCAUUGAUAUAUAAUCACAGGCGGUCAAUAAGCAGAUCGCGUCGCCCUGCUCCCGCCGCAGCAGUCCCUUAGCGAGACUUCGAACCACACCUACAAUGUCUACCUACGAUCCUACCCUCGUGAAGACGGUGUAUGAGUUCUUCGUCGGGAAUUACUGUAGCAUAACGAGCAACGUGUUCUACAUCUAUGACUGUCUCCUCACUCUGGACGACGAGGUGGAGUUCUUCUGGAAGAGACCAUUUACCGGCGCGACGGCGCUCUUCCUGUUCAACCGCUACCUGGCCCUCGCGGACGUGCUCACUCUAUUCUUCUCAUGGUCUGGCCAAAAUGCAUGGUAUAGUGAUGCUGCUGCAUGGUACAACAAUGAUCGGAGCUGUGCGAUUGAUGAACGAAUAACGCUAGCAAUUGUCUACCUUCAAUUACUGCCUCCUGCAGUGUUCUCUUGUUUGCGUGCAUUUGCACUGAGCAAGAGCUGGCCUCUGGCAAUGCUUGUCCUUGUGCUUGCCUUAGUGCCUUAUGGGGUCAACAUGGCAGACUACAGCUAUAAUGUAACAGGUGUUCCAGAUAGUAUCUUUGGCUGUGCACUCAGUGACACUGAGCCAAUGCAUAUAUCUAUAAUGUUCACAAUCCUUUCACGCACAUGUCUGAUUGUUCAAGAUGCUAUCUUGCUCAUAAUUACCUGGGCAAGGCUAUAUA